CCGCAUCUCCGGCUCUUACAGAUAAAGCGCAUCCCCCCUCCGCGCUGCGCGAUUCACCAGCAUCCUGCAGACAUGGACGUGGUCAACCAGCUGGUGGCAGGGGGACAGUUUCGUAUAGUGAAGGAGCCUUUGGGAUUCAUCAAAAUUCUGGAAUGGCUCUUUUCUAUCUUUGCCUUCGCGACAUGUGGAAGUUACAGCGGACAAUUCACCCUGAGCAUCGACUGUAGCAACAAAACCGAGAGCAAGAGGAAUAUAAAAGUGGACUUUGAAUAUCCCUUCAAGCUGCACCAGGAGUACUUUGAAGCUCCAACAUGCCGGGGCAGUGGUGCUACAAACAAGGUGUUUUUGGUCGGGGAUUAUUCCUCCUCCGCUGAGUUUUUCGUCACAAUAGCGGUGUUCGCCUUCCUUUACUCUCUUGGAGCACUGGUCACUUACAUAUUCCUGCAGAACAAAUACCGUGAGAACAACAAAGGCCCCAUGAUUGACUGUAUAGUGACUGCUGUCUUUGCCUUCAUGUGGCUGGUAAGUUCAAGUGCAUGGGCCAAGGGCUUGUCAGACAUCAAGAUGGCUACUGACCCCGAGCUGAUCAAGGAUCAAAUCCCUGCAUGCGAGAAUCCAGAGAACAAAUGUCAAGAAGUGAGGGAUCCUGUUAUGUCUGGGCUGAAUACCUCUGUGGCCUUCGGAUUCCUAAACUGCGUCAUCUGGCUUGGAAACCUCUGGUUCGUCUUCAAAGAGACCGGAUGGACAGCUCCAUUCAUGAAGUACCCACCACCGGCCCAGGAGAAACAGCCCGCCCCAGACACCUACGCCCAGCAGGGUCAAGUCUACGCUCAGCAGGACACUUAUGGACAACAGGGAGGUUAUCAACCCGAAUAUUACGGCCAGCAGCCUGAAUACAACCAACAGGGGUACAGCCAAGGAGGGUAUAGCCAGCAAGGUGUCCCAACCUCUUUCUCCAACCAGAUGUGAGCUGG